AUAAGCACAUGUUCUUGACAUACAAGCACAUGUGCUUGACAGAAGCAAACAAUUCUUAAACGUACCGCUCUUAAUCACUAACAUAAGAACAUGUUCUUGACAAAAGAACAUGUUCUUGACAUAAGCACAUGUUCUUGACAUAUAAGCACAUGAAAAAUGAACGUGACAAAAUAUAUCGUUUAAAUCAAAAUUGGUUGUAGGCCUAUUUAUUUGUGACAAGUUGUACCCAUUAUUAAUAACGUCGAAAAUUUAUGGUCGACGAUGUUGACUGGUUGUAAUAACACCUUAAUUUACAAAUUUCAUAGGAGGCUAUAAGGUAAAAUAACAAUAGUAAAUAUCGUCUGUGUGUAAAGAGAUUAUGUGAAUCUGAUCCUGAUGGUUAGGAUCCCGAAAUAGCCACAGUCGGCCGAUACUGGGCCCCUCCCAUUCCACCUUUGUUUAGUUGGAGUGAACGUUAGAUGAUUAGUAAAUGGUUAAUUUUUUAUUUUUACCUGUUUGCGGGAUAUCGGGCGCCAGUAUAAAUAGGGAUAUCCGCAGCGGACAGCUUCCCAUUUCAUUUUCAAGCAGACCACCAUCCAAGAGACAUCACUGCAUUUCUCUGAUUAUCGCUAAUUUUUAACUUUAACGUAACAGUUUGAAUCAGCAACAUGGGUUGCGGGCCAGACUUUUGGGGCAUCACCGGAUUAGCGGGCGCUAUCAUAGCGGCUACGCUAGCCAUCGGUCUACCUUUUCUCGUCAACUACUUGGUCGAUGAGCAAUUUAAAUUGUAUCCUGGUACGCAAAUGUACGAAUUUUGGGAGGUGUCUCCCGUGCCGAUGUACAUUUACAUGUAUUUGUACAAUGUCACCAAUGCAGAAGACGUCAUUAAUUUCAAAGCUAAGCCGAUCCUUCAACAAGUUGGACCUUACACUUACACGGAGGUGCACGAAUGCGUCAACAUAGAGAUGCACGAUCACAGUUACACGAUUAAAUUCCAGCAAAAGAGAUGGUGGCAGUUUGUGGAAGAGCGGAGCAACGGUUCUAUGAAAGACCAAAUAACCACUGUGAACGUUCCCCUUUUGGAACGAUUGGCAAUUGGACAUUUAUUUUUACUACAUUGA